ACUGACUCAGGAUGUACUUGAAAAGAGAGGUUAAGGAUUUACUGUGUGUAGUUGUUCAUACCGGAUAUUGUGGGUACAGUGUACACAUGUACAUCUGUAUACAGUUGGAGUGAGAAGUUACAUGUGUUUACUGAAAGCUGCUUUCUUACAGAGUGAUAUAUCGUUCCUGAAGGACUAUUCCAGUAUGAUUUGAGUGGGAAUUGUCACGCAUAGCAACAACAACGACAGCGGCCCUUGCAGACUGUCAUCUGAUCCACCCUCAUCAUCUCUCCUAGUUUGUUACUCUGUUGUCACGGUGAUACAAAAUGGCUUCCAGAACGUCUCUCACAAAUCUAUGACUCCAUGGCUUGGAUGUUGGUGUACUCCCCUUGGUUAACCUUUGACCUUUGCCUCUGACCUUGUCACCAUGAGACUGAGGAAGAAGCGGUACAUGGUGGUUGUGGUUGUGAUGGUCUUCCUCUCCUGGAAUGUCCUUACCUACUAUGUCCUCGUCUCAAAACCAUCACAAGCUGGACAGGGACUAUCCAAUGAGAAUGUAGAGACUCAGUUAGACCAACUGCAGGCCGAUAUUCAGUUACAACUACAGCAGAACCAACGUGUGCUAGAAGAUUUGAGAAAUCUUAAACGUCAGGCCGUGGCUGAUCUCAAACAGCUUUCUCCGCACGGAGCUGUUAACCCUGCUAAUAAUGCACCUGACAAGGAGACUCCUAAACCUGUUGUCGUUGUACAAGUUUUGCCUCCUGUGAAUGAUGUAGAGAAUGAACCGGGCAAUGAGAAGGCAGGAGACUUGGCCCAAGAGGACCUGGCCGGUCAGGGAGGGUUUUACAAGUCCGUGGCCAGAGCUGGUGAUCCCAAUAAAGUUAUCCUGCCCAUACUUAUGAUUGCCUGUGACAGAGUUACCGUCAGCAAAAGCUUGGAUCUACUGCUACGACUCCGCCCCUCUGCUGAUAGAUUUCCCAUAAUAGUGAGCCAGGAUUGUGGCCACACCCAGACCGCAAAGGUGAUACAGGCUUAUGGUAGCCAGGUGAAACAUAUACAGCAACCUGACUUGAGUGACAUUGUGCUGCCACCCAAGGAGAAAAAGUUCAAAGGUUAUUUUAAAAUAUCCCGCCACUACAAAUGGGCUCUAAACCAAAUCUUCCACACUUUCAACUAUUCGGCUGUUAUUGUUGUUGAAGAUGAUUUGUACGUUUCUCCGGAUUUCUUUGAGUAUUUUGCUGCUACCUACCCUUAUUUACACGAAGAUCCAUUGUUAUGGUGCGUCUCCGCAUGGAAUGACAACGGCAAGACAGAAAUGGUCGAAGAUAAACCAGAGUUGUUAUACAGAACAGACUUCUUCCCUGGCCUGGGUUGGAUGAUGGAGAGAAAGACAUGGCUGGAACUGGAGCCAAAAUGGCCAGUGACGUUUUGGGACGAUUGGAUGCGUCAUCCAGAACAGAGAAAAGAUCGGGAGUGUAUACGACCGGAACUCAGUAGGACCAGUACAUUCGGGAAGAUAGGGGUUAGCAAGGGACAGUUUUUUGAAAAACAUUUAAAAUUUAUCAAGCUGAAUGACAAAUUUGUGCCUUUUACAAAAUUAGACCUUUCCUACCUCAAAAAGGAGAACUAUGACAACCUGUUUGUUAAGGCUGUGUACAGUUCCCAGCUUCUGACAGUCAGUGAGGUACAGAGUGGAGCCCGGCCUGAGCUCACAUCAGUCAGGGUACAGUACAACACCAAGGAGCAGUUUAAAAAAUAUGCAAAACAGCUGGGGAUCAUGGAAGACCUUAAGGCGGGUGUUCCCAGAGCUGGAUACAGGGGCGUCGUCAGUUUUAUGCGGAGCAAUAGGCGUGUCUUCUUAGCUCCGCCUCCAACAUGGAACGGCUACGAUCCCAAGUGGAACUGAUAUAUUAACACUGUGAUCAUUGUUUGUGUCUGCUGUGUUCACACAGGGAACCGUAUGGAAUAUGUGAAGAGUCGUGUGAUUUUCUGUGGACUGAACGCUAGGAUUGAUUGGCCUUCAACUUUGUCAAAGCAGUCCAACUUCUGUGAUAAAAUAUGAGGCCUCAUAUCAUAAAUGGAAUUAUUUGGUAUUUCUGAGAUGGAAUUACCUCACUGACCACCUGAUUUGCCAGGAGGAAUUAUGGGAAAAGUUGACCUCAUUUUGGCAAAAUGUUGAUGUCAAAUGUCCUCCAUUGGAAGAAAACAGACUGGGAUGAACUGACCUCAUUUACCAGAGAAAGAAUUCAGGGACAUUCAACUCUGGAGUUAAAUGACCUCAUCUGACUGAAAGGAAUUCUGGGAGAGGAGGACCUCAUUUGUGAGCUAGGAAUUCUGGGAGAGGGUGACCUCAUUUGUGAGCUAGGAAUUCUGGGACAGGGUAACCUCAUUUGUGAGCUAGGAAUUCUGGGAGAGGGUGACCUGGUUUGUGAGCUGGGGAUUCUGGGAGAGGAUGACCUCAUUUGUGAGCUAGGAAUUCUGGGAGAGGAUGACCUCAUUUGUGAGCUAGGAAUUCUGGGAGAGGAUCACCUCAUUUGUGAGCUAGGAAUUCUGGGAGAGGAUGACCUCAUUUGUGAGCUAGGAAUUCUGGGAGGAUCACCUCGUUUGUCAACAAGGAAUUGUGGGGUGUGAUGAUUUUAUUUGUCAACAAGGAAUUGUGGGGUGUGAUGAUUUUAUUUGUCAACAAGGAAUUCUGGGAGGCAGUGACAUCAUAUUUUCAAGAAAAAUUUUGGGAGAUGACCUUGUUUAUCAGGAUUUUUUGGCAAAAUGAGUUCAUGGAAUUGUGGAGUGAAAAUGACAUCAGAUUUGUCAGAAAUUGUGUGUAGAACAUUAUAAAGAAAAUAAAAAAGGAGUCCAUGGUGUGAAUUCUGCGGCUGCUUAGAAUUCUCGGCAGACUUCAUAUUGUGGUACAGCAAAGCAUUCUGGGAAGGUAAGGAAUGCUGAUAGCUGACCCAUGAUGAAUCAUCUACUGCUCAAACAUCCUUGCAGCAUUUAGGGAGAACUUGCAUGUACAGGGCAACCAUUGUGCUGUUGUGUGAAGACAUUGGAGGCAUGAUAAAAACACAGAGGCCGCGAAGCUGGGACAGGGGUGUGUCACCUUAUGGUAAAGGAUUCACAGUAUUAGAGAGUGGUCAAAUGCUGCGACUCGCUUCUAGUUUAUUUUUAUAUCAACGUGUGUACAAAAUCUAUGGGUCUACAUAACAUCUCUGUCUUCAUUGUGUACAUUUACCAGAGCAUAAACCUGCUGUGUGUACAGUAACCAAGUCAGUCUGAAAUGUGUACAUAAAUCUGUUUGAACAUGGUGUAUCCAGUAUCUCUUGUGUACAAAAAACAGAAAAAGUGAAGUUAUAUAUACUACAAAUACAGCAGGCCCUUGCUGGCUGAGUGGUCCAAUGUGUGCUGAGGAUCUGAGGCUUAAUACCAAGAAGUGUACUCAGAGUGGAGCUGCGGCGUCCUCGGCAUGUAAACCUGAAAACCGGUACGAAAAAUGUUUGUGGAGUUUGGUGGAAACUACAAGUACUAGUGACAGCCAGAAUUAAUAUCUCUGUGUACAUUGUAAAUGUAUGCUGUGUUUUCAUACACUGGCUUCAUGUACUUACCUCUAGAAUCACCCAUAAAACAGAAACAUCACCUUUCAUCUGAUCUGAGCUGGUUAAAAUGGUAGCCAGUUGUAAACAAUGCUUACAUUCACACGACAAUGUAGCCAAGCCAGUUUUAAGCCGGUUCGGGGAUUUGUCCAUUAACACGGUUUAGUAAUUGCAAUGUCAUCCUGACCUCCAUGUAUCCAGGACUUUUGAACCAGUUACCAUUUCCACCUCACAGGCAAACCAGCUCAAGACCUGAAACCGACUUAGAGCCACAUAACUAGCUGUGGCACUUUAAACCGGAUUGAACACCCACACUGUGAGUUCACACAGGCAAUGUUAAACUGGCUCAAAGCCACUUCUGCUUGUUAAACCUGCUUAAAUUUGCCCGAAAAAGGGCAUUAAUCUCUUUGUAGGUUUGGUGUACAACGGCAGUAGGAUUUGACAACAGCUGCUACAUGCUCAUAGAUCUUCUGGAGUUUUGUGUCAGACUAUGUUGGCAUCAUUGGUGUACUGUAGAAUGGGUGGAGUUUUGUGUCAGACCAUGCUGGCACCAUGAGUGUACUGUAGAAUGGGUGGAGUUUUGUGUCAGACCAUGCUGGCAUCAUGGGUGUACUGUAGAGUGGGUGGAGUUUUGUGUCAGACUAUGCUGGCACCAUGUGUGUACUGUAGAAUGCGUGGAGUUUUGUGUCAGACUAUGCUGGCACCAGGACCAUGAGUGUACUGUAGAAUGGGUGGAGUUUUGUGUCAGACUAUGCUGGCACCAUGGGUGUACUGUGGAAG